AUGGCUACUUCCUCCACAUCCCCCGAUACCUCUUCAACAAGUGCACCUAAGAGCACACCCAAGCAAUAUAAUCUUCGCAACCCGCUUCCGCUCUCAGCCCCCCCAAGAACAAGAAGUGAAACUGCUGUACUACAAGCGUCAUUCGCCGAGUGCGCCGUUAACCGCACCGUAACUGCAACAUGGGUCUGUCGCCAGCAACGUCUCGCAAUGAAUUCAUGCAUGGUUGCGCACGCGAAGCCGGAAGAAGAGGAUCGCGCACGUGAGGAAUGGUUCGCAGGGUAUGAGGAUCGGCGACGCGCGCGCGAGGAGGAACUUGCCCGUGUGGAGAAGCGGCGUGAGGAAGUUAUUCGCAUGAUGCGCGAGGAUGAAGCGCGGACGCGAGCGGCCGGGAAAUGA